AUGCCUCAUUGCUCUUGUUUCUUGCUUGGUCAUUCUGACGGUCUUUGUAUUGACCGUUGCAUGGUUAUCUGGGUUUGUGCCAUCCUUAUUGGAGCUCCUGGUCACAAUUUUCAUUACUUUAUCGGAAAUGAUUUGACAAUUGAUACCAUUUCCAAGUUUUUGGCUCAAAGUGUCCGCUCAAUAUCUGGGUCUAGAUCUUUCAUUAUUGAAACUCAAACGUCAUACAUCAUUGCAGCCUUAUCCAAUUAUAAUUCAUGGGAUAAAAUACAAUGUAACACUUAUAAUAGUAUUUCAGACACCUCCCAAUAUAUUUCAGUCUACAGAUUGUGCACUAGCACUCAAAUCGAUUGGAUCAUUGUUCUCUCAGAGCCAAAAUGGAACACCAUUAGUUCUACCAUCAUUUCAAUCAUUUGCUCUCUAGUUGGUAGUGCUUGCGUUAUCCUAUUAGGAGUCAUUCUGGGUGUAAUUACAUCAUUACGUCUGGUGAAACCAUUCAAUAAUUUGAUCAAUCUCUUUGAAAGUGUUGCCAAUAUGGAGUUGGAAUUGGUUGCACUUGACGGGACGGUAUUCUCUGAAGUAAAAGUCCUCCAAAGACAAUUCAUUUCCAUGGUUGAAAGGAUCAAACUCUACAAAUCAUUCAUUCCAAGACACUUGCUUGCAGAAUUAGAAUCUCCUUCUCAUGAAGAUAAUGCCCAACGCAGUAGGGAGAGUUCUUCAAAUUUAGAUUCAGACACUCUACCUUCAUCCUUAAAUGCUGCUCAUCAUUCUAGUAUUCGUUCUGGUAAUGCUUUAAAAAGGAGUAGCACUGAUAACCCAAACAAAUUUGCUCUUCAUUUGGAAGUCAAGUCAUCAAGUUUUGUACAGGUACAUUUGGGAGGUGUUGGUCAAUGGUUGAACCAUUCAAUUCCACCAGAUGAUAUUGUCAAAUUGUUAUCAAGCAUUUAUCAUCAGUUACAUAUUGUUGCAAGACAACAAGGAGGGGUCGUAAGUUCAACUUUUGAAAAUGAAUGUGUGACCAUCUCUUUCAACACAUCAACCCAACAAGUAAAUCAUCCACUGAAAGCAUUGGUUGCCAGUUCAACUCUCCGACAAAGAUUGGCACAACUCAAGAAAACCAAAUGGAAUGAUUUUGCAUUCUCAAAUCAUGACUUGUUAGAUAAUAUACAAUUCAAGUUUGGAGUUCAUUCACAACUAUCGUACUGUGGAAAUAUUGGAACAAGUGAAAUUAAGAACUAUUCUAUCAUUAGUAGUGUUCAGAGAAAUCUUGAACAAUUGAUUCGUGUUGCACAUCGAUUGUGUGUAGAUAUUGUAUUCUCUGAGAAGGUGGCAGAUUUCUCGCUCUCAGCAUUUCACGGGACAGAAUAUUCUCAACAUACACAUGUUGAUUUGGAUCUGAACAAGGGAAUGAAAGUCUAUGAAUUAGGUCUGAGCAAUACAGUGAAUGAAGAUGAAUGGAUGUAUGAAUUGCAAGAAAAGCACAAGAAGAGUCAAUGGAAAGAUUACAAUGAUGCAUGUGCUCUCCUUUUUGAAAACAAGUAUGAGGAGGCUGUGUUCCGUUUUAAAGCCUUCUCGGAUCAACAUCUUCUCGAUGUUCCUUCAAAAUACUUGCAUCAACAAUGCAUUAGAAAGAUGUAA